AUGCUACUCCAAGUCUGGGUGUUGUUGGUACUACAUACGGCGUUCACCUACAGCAAGGUCUCCCCUGUCAACGAGCGCUGUGUGACGGCGGUGUACACAGCGUGUGGAUAUAUUCCGUUUGCCACAUCCCCUGAAGCCGCACGAGGAUUCUGGGGAUCACGAUGUCAAAAUCCCUGGACGGUUACCUCCAUCUACGCUGCCGCUGAUGUAUACUGCGAUGCAUCUGAGCGAACGGCAGGUUUCGCCCAGCUCCAAUCCUCCUGUCUACAGUUCGGCCAUGUUGAUCUGAUACCACGAGACGCUCUGGCCACCAAUUUGACCGAGGAUGCUAUCAAUCAAAUGAGGAGAGUUGACUAUGGUGAAAUUCCUCGGUCGGGGCCAGUUGAUUACCCGGUUCUUCUCUCGGCAUCGUUUUAUCAUCGCACAUUCCGAACAAUCGAUACUUGGGAAUUUGAAGUCUGGACUCAUUCUGCCUAUGGCCUUGCCGGAUAUCUCUUCUGGGCAGUCAUUCUCUCAAUCGGAGUCUUUCACCGAUUAAUUCAGCAUAUAUUACUGUCGAAGCGCAUUCGCGUAAAUGGCAACCGAUCCGUACUCUCACGCACCCUAUAUACACCCUUUAUCACUAUAUACCACUGGAUACAGACCUAUAUCAUUACUUCCAGUCCUUUGCCAUCGAGAGGUCGAUAUCUACUCUGGUGGACAUUUCCCACUCGCAUAGAAGCAAUCCUUGUUGUUCUUUUUUGGGUACUCAGCGCGGUCCUAUCCUCUGUGAGCUACCGGCUCUUUCCCGAGAAUAUAUACUGGCCUCAAAUCUCCGCCCAGCUUCUGCGCUAUAUCGCGGACCGCACCGGAAUCCUUUCAUUCGCCAAUAUUCCUCUCAUCUGGCUUUUUGCAGGUCGCAAUAAUGUCUUCAUCUGGGCGACGGGUUGGAGCUUCGCCACGUUCAACCUGUUUCACCGGCAUAUUGCCUGGAUCGCAACCAUUCAGGCGGUAGUCCACACGCUACUUUAUGUGGUAUUGUUUAUGCAAAAUGGUAAUCCGUGGAAGAAGCUUGUUCGGAAACCGUACCUCAUCUGGGGAACAAUAGGCAUGGUUGCAAUGAUCUUAUUAUGCCCCUUCGCCAUCGACUGGUUCCGCCGAAGGACCUACGAGACAUUCCUCGUUUUACAUAUUCUCUUCUCGGUCGCGGCGUUAGUCGGUUGCUUCUACCAUACUAUCAUUUUUGAAGACUAUGAGUACUGGAUAUGGCUAUGGCCUGCUGUCGGCUUUUGGGCCGCGGACAGACUGCUACGCGUGGUCCGACUCGUCUACUAUAACCUCCAUGUUCGCACCAAUGUUGGCAAAAGCAUCCAGUACACGCGCAGCUCAGCAACCUAUGACGAGGCCUCCGAUGUCAUUCGACUCGAGGUCAUUCCAGGAUCCAGCCGACUCCAACCUACGCCGGGGCAAUACUAUUAUCUUUACCAGCCAUUCCGGCUUACGGGCUGGGAAAACCAUCCGUUUACUCUCGGGGCAUGGUCAUACGAAACAGGACUUCCCACAUCACAAAAAUCGAUGCCUUCACUGGCGAAGGGAGAUGACACCGUAGACGUGACGCGGGUCCCUCUACUCUCGGAUAGCUCGUCCGGCUCACGAACUCCCCCAGAAGAUAUACCAUCGCUCGAUAAGUCCCAGAGACAGCGACUAGUCUUCUGGAUCAGACCUUUUGACGGCUGGACGCGCCAUCUCCGACAACAGUGCAUAAAAUCUCACGGUCGGACUUUGGAUACAACGAUCCUUUUGGAAGGCCCCUAUGGAGAACAGUUCCCCCUGUGGGAAUACGAAUCAAUCCUAUUAAUCGCAGGCGGAACAGGCAUCGCCGCAGCGUCCGACGCGCAUCCGAAAUAUUCACCUGGUCUGGACGAGUCGACAGGAGGCAUUCGUCCGAGAAGUUGCCACUCGAGAGCUAAGUUCAGCCUCGCUCGAGAUGAUUUCCGGGCGUCAUUUUAUGUGACCUCAGCCACUGCAGCAGGUGGCUUGGACGAAUGCUCAACGCUGUGCGAAGAGCUUUCGGGGAAGGCUAUCGAGGUUGGUCAUGGACGACCCGAUCUGCAAGCCCUUGUUCUAGGCCACGCUCAUGAAGCGCAACUCAGUGAUUGCUCGGCUGCAGUCUUGAUGUGCGGUCCCCCUGCUAUGGCUGACGAAGUUAGAACUGCGGUGUACCAAACAAUGCGGCAAGGCUAUCAAGGGGUCCGGUACAUUGAGGAAUCUUUUAGCUGGUAA